AUGAACUUUCUCAAUAUUGCUCAGCCAAAGAUGAAUUUCUAUCACUCACUUACGCAACAGCCAAUUCCUCUGAAAAAUCAGAGCGCUCAAACCCUCUCAGAUCUAUGCAAGUCUACCAUCCCUCAACCCUUCCUGAACCCUCUCCUCCCCUCACCUCACCUCCAAACAGCCUGGAAUGUCGCUACCCCUUACGACACUCCGGUGACCUACAAACGGCACGUAUUUACUGCCACGCACGAUACAUACCCCGGUACCUUCACAGUGGACUUCGUCGUACACACACCUAGUGUUCCAGACCCUAGACUCCCUCAUCGAACAUCGUACUACACGACUACUGAAUUUGAGGCCUUCACGUCCCAAGAUACAAAACCCAUGCUUAUCACUCUUCAUGGGCUUAGCGGCGGAUCAGAUGAGAAUUAUGUCAAAGAAUGUCUGCGUCUACUGACCGAAGACAAGACAUGGGAGGCAUGUGUAAUAAAUUCUAGGGGUUGUGCAAAGUCGGAGCUGAGCUCACCGAUUUUAUACCACUCUUCAGCGACAUGGGACCUCCACCAAGUAGCGACUUUCUUGACACAGAGGUUCCCGAAUAGGAAAUUAUAUGGAUUAGGGUUUUCGUUAGGUGCAAACGUUCUGACAACAUAUGCCGGACAGCAAGGGAACAACUGUGUAUUAAAGGGUGCAGUCGUUUGUUCGAAUCCAUGGAACUUCGAUAUUUGCAGUAUUCAUCUACAGAGGACUUGGAUUGGGAAUAUGUAUUCAAAAGCAAUGCUGCAUAAAGCGGAAAUUUCGAUGAACCAAAAUAUCGAUUUUGAGAAGCUCGAGCAGGCGGGUGAUUUCAAUGAGUUUAACAGGUUCAUACAGUGUCCAACAUGGGACUAUCCGACCGAAGGUGCAUACUAUCGAGACACUGCAAGCGUGAAUUGGCUGCUGAAAGUGCAAAUCCCGUUACUUGCCAUACAUGCAGAAGAUGACCCUUUGGCCUGCAAAGAGGCGAUUCCUUACCAAGAGUUUGAAAGUAACUCAAAUACAGUACUUUGUACUACCAAGUCUGGUGGUCAUCUCGGUUGGUACGAAAUCACUGGAUCUAGAUGGCAUGCUAGAGCUGCUGCUGCAUUUCUAAACAAGCUGGCAUUAGAAACAACCACUGAGCGUAAAGAACCUCGGUCGUUGGGCUCGGAUUUGACGGAUAGAGAUUGA